UACGGUUCCUGAGAUCAGAGGAAGGUAAGAAGGUCCCGAGUUGGUGCGCUAACUAGAGAACCUGAAGCUCCUCUCUCUCUCUCUCUCUCAAUCUCAACGAAAUGGCUCGCAAGAAGAUCAGAGAGUACGAUUCAAAGAGAUUGUUGAAGGAGCAUUUCAAAAGGCUCUCCGGUAAAGAGUUGCCCAUCAGAUCUGCUCAGAUUAAUGAAACAACUGACCUGAAUGAGCUCGUGGAGAAGGAGCCUUGGCUCUCUUCUGAGAAGCUGGUGGUGAAACCCGACAUGUUGUUCGGAAAGCGUGGCAAGAGCGGUUUGGUUGCCUUGAAUCUGGAUUUUGCUGAAGUUGCCACUUUUGUGAAAGAGCGUCUGGGAAAAGAGGUGGAGAUGAGUGGAUGCAAAGGACCUAUAACAACAUUCAUAGUUGAACCAUUUGUCCCGCACAAUGAGGAGUUUUACGUUAAUAUUGUCUCGGAUAGACUUGGGGACAGCAUAAGCUUUUCAGAAUGUGGAGGGAUUGAAAUUGAAGAGAACUGGGACAAGGUCAAGACUGUUUUUGUACCAACAGGUGCUUCCCUAACACCUGAAACAUGCGCUCCUCUUAUUGCGACCCUUCCUUUGGAGAUCAAGGGGGAAAUUGAAGAAUUUAUUAAAGUUAUUUUCACCCUAUUUCAAGAUCUUGAUUUCACCUUCCUGGAAAUGAAUCCCUUCACGUUAGUUGAUGGAAAGCCAUAUCCUCUGGAUAUGAGGGGUGAACUUGAUGAUACCGCUGCUUUCAAGAACUUCAAGAAGUGGGGCGACAUUGAAUUUCCUAUGCCAUUCGGAAGAGUGUUGAGUUCCACGGAAAGCUUUAUCCAUGGACUAGAUGAGAAGACAAGUGCAUCUUUGAAAUUCACCGUUCUCAAUCCCAAGGGGAGAAUUUGGACAAUGGUAGCUGGGGGAGGUGCCAGUGUCAUCUAUGCUGAUACUGUCGGAGAUCUCGGCUAUGCUUCUGAACUAGGCAAUUAUGCUGAAUACAGUGGAGCUCCCAAGGAAGAUGAGGUCUUGCAGUAUGCCAGAGUCGUUAUCGAUUGUGCUACAGCAAACCCUGAUGGCAAAAGCAGAGCUCUUGUGAUCGGAGGUGGAAUCGCAAACUUCACUGACGUUGCUGCUACCUUCAAUGGCAUAAUCCGCGCUCUCAAGGAAAAGGAAGCAAAGCUGAAAGCAGCAAGGAUGCAUAUAUUCGUGAGGCGAGGGGGACCAAAUUACCAAAGGGGUCUUGCCAAAAUGCGAGCUUUGGGCGAAGAAAUCGGCGUCCCGAUCGAGGUCUAUGGUCCUGAAGCAACCAUGACAGGCAUCUGCAAGGAAGCAAUCCAGUACAUCACAGCAGCAGCAUAAGUGUCUGUCGAUUUAUUCGUCCCCCCAAAUGGUUAGCUUCAAAAAUCCCACGAGUUUUUUUUCUUUCUAGUUUACUGAUAUUUAGAUCUGAUAUUAUCCCUACGAUCAAAUCAGCGGUUUCAUGAGAAAAGCUCUUUGAUUGGAUUCUCGUUACCUGGGAAGUUUCUUGAGUUGGAUGAACAUUGAUGACGCCAUCAUGUCUCUGUGUGUUUCAAGCUUUUUUGUUUGUCUCUGUCUUUGAUUCGAUCCUUAGUUCUUUCUAUCUCUACUAUGGCCUUUUGAGUUUCUGUGUUUGGUGAUAGAAAAUGUAAUAAGCAAUGAAUGCUGUGGCAUUAGCGUAUGACAAAAAAUCAGGUGUCGGACUGAUCCUCGGUCGCGGAGCGUUUGCUGAAUUCAUUCUCCACUUCGUUA